AUGAACCACCUCCUCAUCAACGUGAGGAAGACCAAGGAGAUGAACCACCUCCUCAUCAACGUGAGGAAGACCAAGGAGAUGAACCACCUCCUCAUCAACGUGAGGAAGACCAAGGAGAUGAACCACCUCCUCAUCAACGUGAGGAAGACCAAGGAGAUGAACCACCUCCUCAUCAACGCGGGGAAGACCAAGGAGAUGAACCACCUCCUCAUCAACGUGAGGAAGACCAAGGAGAUGAACCACCUCCUCAUCAACGUGAGGAAGACCAAGGAGAUGAACCACCUCCUCAUCAACGUGAGGAAGACCAAGGAGAUGAACCACCUCCUCAUCAACGCGGGGAAGACCAAGGAGAUGAACCACCUCCUCAUCAACGCGGGGAAGACCAAGGAGAUGAACCACCUCCUCAUCAACGCAGGGAAGACCAAGGAGAUGAACCACCUCCUCAUCAACGUGAGGAAGACCAAGGAGAUGAACCACCUCCUCAUCAACGUGAGGAAGACCAAGGAGAUGAACCACCUCCUCAUCAACGUGAGGAAGACCAAGGAGAUGAACCACCUCCUCAUCAACGUGAGGAAGACCAAGGAGAUGAACCACCUCCUCAUCAACGCGGGGAAGACCAAGGAGAUGAACCACCUCCUCAUCAACGUGAGGAAGACCAAGGAGAUGAACCACCUCCUCAUCAACGUGAGGAAGACCAAGGAGAUGAACCACCUCCUCAUCAACGCGAGGAAGACCAAGGAGAUGAACCACCUCCUCAUCAACGUGAGGAAGACCAAGGAGAUGAACCACCUCCUCAUCAACGCAGGGAAGACCAAGGAGAUGAACCACCUCCUCAUCAACGUGAGGAAGACCAAGGAGAUGAACCACCUCCUCAUCAACGUGAGGAAGACCAAGGAGAUGAACCACCUCCUCAUCAACGUGAGGAAGACCAAGGAGAUGAACCCCUCCUCAUCAACGCGGGGAAGACCAAGGAGAUGA